AUGGCAGCGCUGAGACAGGAGCAUCGGUAUGGGCUCUCCUGUGGCCAAAUCCACAAAAACACCCCGAAUCAAACUCUUUAUCACGUCAAACUCACUGACACUGCCAUCCGGACCCUCGAAGGCUACCAGAACCUGAAGGCAUCACUAUCGAAUCAGCCAGCGAUUUGCUUCAAGGGAAGCCAGGGGUAUGUUAAGAUCCCAGCGCCAACACCUGAAUCUCCUGAUGGAUUGAGAGUCUUCUCGUUCUACCUUUCCAGUGACAGCAAAGACAAGCCUCAGUCCAGCUUCGACUGCAUUCACCAGUAUGUCUCGGGGGAGGGCAGGGAACACCUGGAGGGCCAGGGCAGCAUUCAGGACAAGAUCACAGUUUGUGCCACAGAUGACUCCUACCAGACGACCCGGGAGCGCAUGUCUCAGGUGGAGAAGGACAUCUGGAGCCGCUCAGCAAUUGAGAUAAAGCCGGGGCCAAGUAAGUGCGUGAAGGUCCAGAGGAAGCAGGGUCUGGUAUCAGGCUCAGAUAGCAGCAACAAACACUCCCCCAGCAACAAGAGGAGCCUGGUUCCCAGCCCUGUGGCACACCGGCCCUUGAGGGAUCGCAUCAUUCAUCUCCUGGCCCUAAAGCCCUACAAGAAACCUGAGCUGCUACUGUGGUUGGAGAGGGAGCGAGCCAGUCCAAAGGACAAAGCUGACCUGACCUCAGUACUGGAUGAGGUUGGUAAACUGAACCCUAAAGACCACAGCUACUCUCUAAAGGAUGAGCUCUACAGACACGUCCAGAGAGAAUGGCCUGGAUAUCUAGAGGAGGAGAAGCAACUCAUCCAUAGGCUCCUGCUCAGGAAACUUCAGCCUCUCCACGGUAGCCAGUUGAAGAGUCCCCAGUCCAACCCUUCAUUCCUCAAAACUCCCGGGGACUCUCCAUCACAUCUCAGUCCUGCCAAGAAUCUCUCUGCGAAACGCCCAUUGCCCUCGGACCCAUCUAACUGUCAGACCCCCAAAAAACAAAGACUAUUAGACCAGUGUUUGCCUCUGCAUUCGCCGUCUCAUGGAGAGUACGGCACCAAUGGGGCUCGUAGCUCCUCUAGUCAUGGAAACUCGAGAGUACAGAUCAAACUGGAGUUCGACAAAACUAGCAAUCACCUCCAAGGGAGUCCAAAUGGUCUGUACUCGCCACACAAACUCAGCGGGUCAUCUACGAUUCCCAAACGGGAAAGGACAGAGCCAACUCCUACUGCACUAAGCCCUAAGCCCCCACACACUAACACGUCCAUUUGCACUGACCAACAAUUUACCAACGGCCAACAUAAAAAGAAGAGGUCCAAAAAGCACAAAGACAAAGAACGAGAGCGCUUAAAACCAGACUGGAUUGAGACGAGUCCAGACCUGAAGCAGAACCGAGAAAAUCUUAAAGACCAUGAAAGAGAGAAAACACCUGUCAAUCGAACCUCCGCAGAAGAACUGCCCGACUAUUUAAUAAAAUACAGCGCCAUAACAGCACUGGAGCAGCGGCAAGAGUAUAAAGACGACUUCUGCGCAGAGUACGAUGAAUACAGAGCUCUUCAUGAUCGGAUUGGGGCUAUUACAGAGAUGUUUGUUCAGUUGGGCUCAAAGAUCAACACUCUCUCCCCGGGAACACAAGAGUACAAGCUUAUGGAGGUCCAAAUACUACAAAAGUACCGAAAGUAUAAGAAAAAGUUCCCUGGUUAUCGGGAAGAGAAGAAGCGAUGCGAGUACCUCCAUCAGAAACUGUCGCAUAUCAAAGGCCUGAUCACAGAUUAUGACCAAGCACAGGGACUCUCCUAGUAACUGGUUUCUACCCUCAGCAGGGUGUAAUAUGACCGGACAAAAAGACUCCUAAUGGACCCAAAGACUACCCAGCUGGGUCCUGCAGUCGCUGAGACACUAUUCACUUUACUUCUCCGCGUGUAAAUGGAAUCGAGGAGCAAUGUUCUCUUUCAAAAGUGGGCUGAGACCACCGACUCGUGAUCAAAGGUUGUCCUUUAACAUUAUGGGUUUCAACUAUGAUUAUCGCUGGAUUCUGUUCUGCUGUAAAAGUGAAAGCCAAAUCCAUUUUUCUGAAAUGUAAAGCAGAUGUGAUCCUUCCUGCUUGAUUUGAUUUUUAAUCUAUCCUUUAUCUCGUCAGAACUAAGAAAAAAUGUGUUGAUUUAUAUUAAAAAACAGAGUAUAUAAUUGAUGGUACAAUCAAUCUUAGGUUGAAGCAAAUGCUACUAAAGUCUUUAUAUUUAACAAACAGAGGAAUCUGUUUAAAUGCUGUUUGCUGACAGAAAGUCAACACCCUGAAUCGCAUUAAUUAUUCAUUUGUAACAGUAAUAAGAUCACAUAUUGACAAAGAUAAGGUCACUCCAUUAACAAUGUAUCUCCCUUCAGACCACAUGCUUACAAAAUGUUAGCGGCCAUAAAAAAAAAGAAAUAUAUAUAUAUAUAUAUAUAUUCUUGCAGGACCGGGACCGUACAACAUGUGUCUCAAUCUAUCACAAGUUUAAAGCAUUAUAUGCAAAGUUCUUUGGGCAUAAGGAAUUUCACCAUGUAGCUUUCUGCCAACGUCCUGUGUCAUUUCGAAGGAAUGUUGGAAUGCCACAAAACCACUCCUCCCAGUACCUGAAUGCUGGUUUCAAGAUGGUGCUUCAGCACAUCUAGUGUUAGAUUCACCCACAUGUAGCCUACCACAAACUGCCUUUUCAUUAUCAACUCUCUCAAGUGUUCUGGUUACAGGUUUGUAAGUAAUCAUGCGUUAUUUACGCUGUAGAUGAAUGACUACAAGCUCUGUGAAACAUAACUUUGUACUCUACAUGCAGUUCAAAAAGCUUACGGGGCAUUUUAUCGUGUUAAUCGAGCUGUCCACAUUGAUUUACUAUGAUUUUGCUUUGGUUGAAGUAUUUAGAUAGAUUGCAAUAGAGAUGCCUUUAACAAAUUGGCCCGUACAAUUUGUCGUCGGUCACUCAGUUCAUACCACUUUGGUUCACUUCGGUGUAAAGAGCAGGCGGACCUCUAGAGGCUGCUAGCGGGUCUGUUAGACUCAUUUUAGGCUUUCUGUCCCAAGGCAGGUACAUCUGAAUAACCACAAACUGUGCUUUUAUUUCACCUUAUAAUUAGCUGUAGCCUGAAGUAGACAAUAUAGAUCAAAUGUCAGUGUUCUCUGUUCUCUCUCUGUCGUUUGCAUCGAUGUAGCUGCACUCACAACUGUCUUAAUGAUGGCUUAAAAUGAGAGAAUGAAGCUAAUAUUUGCCUUAACAUGUACGUCAGACAUUUCCAAGAUUACGCCAUCCCUGUUCAGACAUGUUCUUGGUUCAACCUGCAAUUCACAGCAUUCUCAGACCUUUUCUGUAAAUGUAUUUAAGUUUGAAGGAAUUUCAGUUCCUGGAUAGUUGUUACUGGAUAGCUGUUGUUUUGUCUGUGUCGUUCUUGUUUUCUUUUCCAUGUGUAUGUCUUAAUUAUUUUCUAUUUCUGUCAAAUAAUCAUGAACUGUUAAGGGAUACAAUUCAAUGUCCAAUCCUGGCAAACACCACUAUCAAAAGAAAGAAUAAUUGCAGAAAUAUCUACAGAAUAAUGUGCUCUGCAAUGAAAAUACUUAGUGGGCUUAUUGUCAAAUACUUAGCGGCUCUUUUGCAAAAUGUAAAUGUACUUUUUUUUUUACUUUUUACAUUUGAUAGGUUACUUCUGGUAUGUUUGAAGGAGUUGAGACUAGCAACAGUUGCUGUUUCUUGGCACAUAUGAACAAUUCAAGGAAAGAAAUAUUUAUUAGCACUGACUAUUGGAAAUAUUAGAAUUGUGAGCCCAGAUUUUGAGCUUUAAAUAUCAAAGCUAGGCUUCUUAAAGCGCGAGUACAGCUACAAAAAUCUUUUUGUUUUUUGUGGGCUGUUUGAAUCUCUUCUCAGGACAAGAGGUCACCCUAUUUUACAAAUCGUUUGUUCAAUAUGCAUUUUGAUGAGCUCAGCAAAUGUGCCACAUAGCUCCACCCAACUGGAGGAAAGGUCUGAUCAGUCAUAAUGACUGAAAAGAACAGUGUUUUGUUCUGGUACUGGAUCUGGACAUUCAUGUGGAAUGGUUGAAAUUAUGUUAAAAAAAGACAAGAUCACAAUGCCUGCUCAGAUAUACAAAAUUUCUCACUCAAAACAGAAAGGUACAGAAACAGUGUUUUGAUGGUGACGAGAUGGAAACGUCCACAUAUCACCAUGAAGACCGUGAGACCUUAAAGUACUAAUGAUUUACUGAACCGAUUCUUAAGGGCUUCCCAUGCACCACUUAAGUAGCAUUGGUCAAUUGUAAAACACAUCAAACAAAAUGCAUCAUGGGCAAAAUAUCAGUGUAGUCAGUAUGUAUGAAGAUGAUGGUACCAUUCAUGUUGACAUAAUGUUUUGGGGGAACCAGACCCUCGGUGUAAGGGGCCUCUCAAGUGCUAACUGUGGUUUUUUUUUUACUAUUGCAGGAGCCAACUACUGAUGGUGCCUUUUUCAUUCAAAGAGCAGACACUCUGCAUGUAACUAUCAUUGGUAUUCUGGAAACAAAAAAUAACUCGGGCCAGCAGUAUUUACACAUCUGUAGUUUCACACUGUUGCCAAUGUUCAAAGUGCUUUGGUCGUCGUUUUUUGAUUAAGUUGAUAUCAGAUGCCUUUAAAAUGUAUAAAGUGUAUUGGCACUGACAUUUUCCAGCAUUUUAGAAAUGCAAGGUUUUCCAGGACACCAAUUUAACUAAUGUAAUGUAAUGUAAGCUAUGUGCAUACAAGUAUAUUUGGAAGAAGGACCUGGAUUUUGUUUGCAUUUUCAUUUCCAGUCCAGCAAACUAAUACCGGUGCAUUUAACUGGUGUGUUGAUACUGGGAACACAAUGUCUCAAUGGAAAUCUGAAAUCAGAUAUGUUGCCUAUUAUGAAUCACUGCCAUUGAUCUACCUAGGAGAACAAAUUAGUUUAUUUAUUGCUUUGUAUGCGUUUGUCUUUUUAUGGGAUUCAUCUUUGCAUAGUUCAUUCUUUUCAGCAAAACUUAAAGUAUGGUGAAAGGGAAAUGGAAUAUAUUUUUGAAAUUUUUGAUGGCGGAUGCUUUAUCACAAUGCCAUCCUCUUGAGAAAAGCUUUCAGAAAAAAAAGGUGUAUUGUUGUCUCAGUCUAAAUGAAAAAUAAAGCUCUUUUGAAUUCAA